UCAUCCUGUGAUACCAACUGUUUGCUCUUUGGGUCCUGCCCUAUGUCUGGGAACUCACGGCCCUGAGGUUGUGACAUAAUUUGGUGGCAGCGGUGGGAUAGGAUCCCAGGACCCAAAAGGCACCAUGAGCACCCCACCUGGAUUCUACGCUGACCCAUUGGAUCUCUUCGCUUGCAUGGAUUACUCCUGGACUCCAGAGAUCCCUACUGAUCCCAGAGAGAGGACCCUGUUCUGGCUGAGAUGUGAGUCACUGGGACUAUCUGGGGAUGAGGGUCUGGCAUAUGGAGUAGGGCAGUUAGUGGCAGGAGAGGCAGACCUGGAGGAUGGGUACUAUGUUCUGCAGCGCACCAUGCACCAACCAGGUGGGAGAUAUUGGCACAGUCCCUAUACAGUGCUCCCGCUUCCCUGUAGCUUGGCGGAAUGGCACGGCCAAUGGGAGAGGCUGAAUUUCUGUGACUAUAGCACCUUUGUGGGUAACCCAGAGGGGGAAUUCCAUACCCUCUAUGCACAGCGCUUCUUUUAUAUAGGAAUGAAUGAUACAGAGGAACGGAGGGACUGGCUUGCUGACCUGGUGUAUCAGGAACUGGAAUUGAUAAAAGAGUAUGGGAGUAUCCAGGAAUUGGAAAACCAACGCAAGGAAGCACUGAGGGUAUGUGCACCAUCUUUUUGUGGUUUUCAGCAGGCACAGCCUUGUCUUGGUACUGUAGGUCCAAAAGACUUUCACUUACCCCCCAGUACAGUCAGUGCCGGGGUGGGGGAGGAACAAGAAGCUUCCCAAACAACUUUAUUAUGGUCCCCAAGGGAAAUCCCUGUUUGUGAGGAGUUCAGUGGUUGUGUUACCCCUGAGCUGGUAGAACCGGAGAGUGGGUGCUGCCACUUUAAAGGCUUGGCAGAGGCUGAGGCCUCCCCAAGUGAAAACCCUGUUUGUUUGGAGUCCAGUGGUUGUGUUGCCCCUGGGCUGGCAGAACCGGAGAGUGGGUGCUGCCACUUUAAAGGCUUGGCAGAGGCUGAGGCCUCCCCAAGUGAAAUCCCAGUCUGUAUGGAGUCCAGUGGUUGUGUUACCCCUGGGCUGGCAGAACCGGAGAGUGGGUGCUGCCACUUUAAAGGCUUGGCAGAGGCUGAGGCCUCCCCAAGCCAAAUCCCUAAUUGUGUGGAGCCUGGAGUUGCUCAGUUUGAAAAAAGCUCCAAGGAGGGAAGAGAGGAGGAUUCCCCACUACCUGAGUUGUUGCUGGCUGGAGAGGCCCAGGAACAGGACCAAGAGGAAAGCAUUGCUCAGCAUUCCCCAAUGUCUAUCAGAGCAGUCAGUUCUGGGAAUGGAGUAAGGGGCACCCCAAAAGCACAACGUGUAACCAGGGCAGUUGUUCCGGAAACCCCCUCUGGCAGACAACAAGGCCAGAGAAUUACCCCACAGAGAAAUAAAACACUGGUGAGUCCCCGUGCUGUCCCUACAAUAUCUCCCAGAUGGAGGGGUCCCCCAUUGUGUAAUGUUACAGGGACCGGGGCCUUGAGAGAGGUUGGGUGGAACUUAGAAUUAAAGAAAAGACAGGGGGAUAAACAUUUGUCUAAUACUCUUUGGGGUCCACUGGUUAUUGGGGUCACUUGAAGAUGAGUCACCUUGGCCUGACUGCUUGGGGGGGGAAUACAGACUGUACCACCUGGGAUUGUUCCCUUCUCCCUGGAAGGCCCCUUUAUUGUCCUGGAGGCCAGAACUGUGACAUUACAGGGUCGCCCAUAU